UCCAAUUCUGUCAUGGAGAUUGAAGUUCCUGUUGUGAUUGUGGGAGCAGGCCCUGCUGGUCUUGCAACCUCUGCAUGUCUCAACAAACUUUCAAUCCCCAAUCUUGUCCUUGAAAGAGAUGAUUGUCAUGCAUCUCUUUGGAGGAAAAGAACAUAUGACCGCUUGAAACUUCACUUGGGCAAAGAUUUCUGCAGCCUCCCUCACAUGCCCUUCCCUUCUGAUUUCCCCACCUUUGUCCCCAGGAUUGACUUCCUCCGUUACUUGGAUAGCUAUGUCUCUCGUUUCAAGAUUUCCAUUCGGUAUAAUAAGAAUGUCGAAUCUGCCUAUGUUGAUCAUAACACUGGCAAAUGGAAGCUUCUUGUCAAGGACACGGCAUCAGAUGCUGUUCAGGUUUACGUCUCUGAGUUUCUGGUGGUUGCAUCUGGGGAGAAUAGUGAAGGCUAUGUCCCCAGGGUUGAAGGGCUUCAAAGGUUUGAAGGAGAAUACAUGCAUUGCAGCAACUACCUCAAUGGAAGGGACAUGUAUGGCAAAAAUGUCCUUGUUGUUGGCUGUGGAAAUUCUGGCAUGGAGAUAGCUUAUGAUCUCUCAAAUUGGGGUGCAAAUACUUCCAUUGUCGUCAGAGGCCCUGUUCACUUUUUCACUAAAGAAAUGGUGUUCGUGGGAAUGACCUUGCUGAAAUACUUGAAAAUUGAGAGAGUGGACAAGCUUAUGAUGCUUAUGAGCAAGCUCAAGUACGGAGAUAUGUCUAAGUAUGGUUUGGUGAGGCCAAAGGAUGGACCGUUCGCUUUGAAGAAAAAGGGUGGUACUACUCCUACCAUUGAUGUUGGUUGCGUUGGUAGGAUCAAGAAAGGCGAAAUAAAGGUUUUCCCAGCUCUUUCAAGCAUCAAAGAGGGCAAGACGGUUGAGUUUGAGGAUGGAAGAGAUGCAGAAUUUGACAUCAUCAUCUUUGCUACUGGAUACAACAGCACUGUGCUGAAGUGGCUUAAGGAUUAUAGAGAACUGUUCAACAGUAAUGGAAUGCCAAAACCAGGUUUUCCAAAUCACUGGAAGGGAGAGAAUGGUCUGUACUGCGCUGGAUUUUCAAGAAGGGGAUUAGAUGGCAUUGCUUUUGAUGCACAGCGUAUAGCUGAUGAUAUCAGUAUGACUACAAGUGCAAGAGGUCCCGAUUGUGACGAUGCCAACUUAGCUUCCCUCAAACUCAUACAAAAAUAAGUUCUCUAAAGUAUGCUUCUGUUUGCGUGUAA